GUUCUCUAGUUUUGGAAUCAGUAAUGCUUGCUUCCAUGAGUGAAUUUGGGAGUACUGCUUUCCUUUCAAUUUCACUAAAGAGUUUGCCAAGUAGUGGUGUUAGAUCUUCACUAAAUUUCUUGUAGAAUGCAGCAGUGAAUCUAUUAGAGCCUUGACUUUUCUUUGUUGAUAGGUUUUUAAUUACAUCUUUGAUUUCAUUUAUUGAUAUUGAGUUAUUUAGAGUUUUUACAUCUCCUUGAUUCAGCUUUGGUAAUUUGUAUAUACUUGGAAAUCUGUCCAUUUCUUUUAUAUUUUCCAUCUUACUAGAAUACAAGUUUUCAAAGUAGAUGUAGAUGAUUUUCUAGAUUUCUGCAGUAUCUGUUGUGAUUUCACCCUUUUCAUCCCUAAUUGUGUGGAUUUGAGUCUUGUCUUGUCUUUUCUUUUUUGUACCAGGAAUCAAACUCACAACCAUGCCCGGGCAAGGCAGGUGCUUAUGCUGCUGUGCUAAAUCCCCAGCCCCAUAUUUCCUUUUUUUGAUAAGAUUGGCUAAGGGUUUGUCAGUUUUACUUAUUUUUUCAGAGAACCAGCUGUUUGAUUCAUUGAUUCUUUAUGUUGUUUUUUUAGUCUUCAGUGUGUUAAUUUCUGCUGGGAUCCUUAUAAUUUCCUCCUUUGUAUGAGCUUUUGGUUUAACCUGCUUUUUUUCUAGAAGUUUGAGGUUCAACAUUAAGUUGUUUACAUACACUUGCUCUGUUUUCCUGAUAACAGGUAUUUACUGCUAUAAAUGUCCCUCUUAAGACCGCUUUUAUUGUGUUGUAUUGUUGCUAACGUUCAACUAUAAAAACUGUCUAAUUUCUUCUUGAAUUUCAUCUUUUACCCAUUGGGUCAGUAGGAUGCUAUUUAAUUUAUAUGUGUUUAUGAAGUUCUUGUGGUUUCCUUUGGCAUGGAUUUCCAGUUUCAUUGCACUGUGUCUGAUAGUAUGCAUGGGAUCAUUUCAAUUCUUCUGCAUUUACUUAUGUUUUACGAGCCAUUAUGUGAUUUAUGUUGGAGAAUGUCCCGUGUGCAGCUGAGAAGAAUAUGUAUUCUGAUGUUGUGGGGUGGAACACUAUAGAUACCUACCUACUAGAUUUGUGAUUAUAUAAUAAAAUACAAAACAGACCAGAUAAUUCCAUGCAAUACAUAAUUGCUUAAUGUGUUAAUUUUGCCCUUGUUGGUUAAACUUUAAAAUGGAUUAAAGAGAAACAGAGAAGUGAAAGAAAAGAGAUUAUAAGUAAGGUUGGAGGACAGAAGUGGAUCCCACCAACUUGAGGAAACUGCUGAAGAAAAAAGAGACAUGGAAGAGAUAAAGAAGAACAGAAUCACACCCACUAAUAGGGUAGGAACCACUCUCAUACUCACUUAAAAAAAAAAAAAAGAAAGAAAGAGAAAAAUAAAACUAAAAAAGAAAAAGAAAAACAAAAUAGUCCUACUUCCUGGAUUCUCUCUGGUUUCACUAGUGGACAGCCUGUAGCUACCGAGUCCUGAAUCUCUGUUUCUAUCCCAGCAAACCUGCAGUUGCUUUAUGGUGGAGUAGUAGAUAAUUUCAGCAGGCCUGCCCCAAGACCAGGCUCAUUAGGUUUGCCACAGUCCAAGCAAUUUCCACUGGUCUGUGCCCAGCUAGGAGCUGCUGGAGGCAGCCAGCAGCAGUUCUGGGUUCCGGGCUUAUCCAGGCAGACUUCAAAAUGGCUCCUCGCUAAUUGCUGUCUCUUGUGCGAGGACUUGGUUCUCUGUGCUUACAGCCAGCCAGUGCGGUCCUCCACGUCUGCUGCUCCCCUCCAAUGGCACAUCUCUGUAGAGGCCUGCAGCGUCGCCAGCCACCACCAUCACUGGGACCGUGGGUCCCCAGGUUGGAACAGCUUCUCUCACACUUUUACAUGUGGCACCCAUAAAAGAUGAGGCUGAGAACACGAAAAGCUUCUCAGCAACCAAAUCCAAUCCAAACACAACGUACUGCCAGAGCAAAAAGAAAAUAUUCAGAGGUUGAUGAUAGCCUGCCUACACGAGGAGAAAAACCACCGAAGAAUGAGACUGGCUUACUAUCUUCAAUUAAAAAAUUCAUUAAAGGAAGCACACCCAAGGAAGAGAGAGAAAAUCCUUCGAAACGAAGUAGAAUUGAACGUGAUAUAGAUAAUAAUUUGAUCACAUCAACACCAAGAGCAGGAGAAAAGCCUAACAAACAGAUAUCUCGAGUAAGACGGAAAAGUCAAGUAAAUGGAGAAGCUGGUAGUUACGAAAUGACAAAUCAACACGUAAAACAAAAUGGGAAAUUAGAAGAUAAUCCUUCCUCUGGCAGUCCUCCAAGGACGACAUUGUUGGGGACCAUAUUUUCUCCUGUCUUCAACUUUUUUUCACCAGCAAAUAAAAAUGGAACAUCAGGAUCAGAUUCCCCGGGACAGGCUGUGGAAGCUGAAGAGAUAGUGAAACAGCUUGAUAUGGAACAGGUGGAUGAGAUCACUACCAGUACUACUGCAUCAACUAAUGGAGCAGCUUACUCAAAUCAAGCAGUACAAGUGAGGCCAUCGAUAAAUAAUGGUUUAGAAGAAGCAGAAGAAACAGUUAAUCGUGACAUCCCACCUCUUACAGCACCAGUAAAUCCAGAGAGUGGUUAUUCAUCAGCUCACGCAGAGGCCACCUAUGAAGAAGAUUGGGAAGUAUUUGACCCCUAUUAUUUCAUCAAACAUGUUCCACCACUGACAGAAGAACAACUAAAUAGGAAACCUGCUCUUCCAUUGAAAACAAGAAGCACACCAGAAUUCUCCCUAGUUUUAGACCUGGAUGAAACACUAGUGCACUGUAGUCUAAAUGAGCUAGAAGAUGCAGCACUUACUUUUCCAGUCCUUUUCCAAGAUGUCAUAUAUCAGGUUUAUGUGAGAUUAAGACCAUUCUUCAGGGAAUUCCUGGAGCGUAUGUCUCAGAUGUAUGAGAUCAUUCUUUUUACUGCUUCUAAGAAGGUGUAUGCAGACAAGUUACUGAACAUACUAGACCCUAAAAAGCAACUGGUCAGGCACCGGCUUUUUCGAGAACAUUGUGUUUGUGUACAAGGAAAUUAUAUAAAGGACUUAAAUAUCCUCGGAAGGGAUCUUUCAAAAACCAUAAUAAUUGACAACUCACCACAAGCCUUUGCAUAUCAGCUUUCUAAUGGAAUCCCUAUAGAAAGCUGGUUUAUGGAUAAGAAUGACAAUGAACUUCUAAAAUUGAUUCCAUUUCUGGAGAAGCUUGUAGAACUGAAUGAAGAUGUCCGACCUCACAUCAGAGACAGAUUUCGCUUGCAUGAUUUGCUGCCCCCAGAUUAAGACUUAACCAAAACAUUGAAGGGGGAGAGAAUGCAGGACCCUUUUGGACUAUGACAAAAACAUUGCCAUUACUGUUGAAAUUUUGCAUUUUUGUACCCUGUCUUGCUUUUCUUAUCUUUGGUGCCCAAUAAUAAUCAAGGGUUACAGAAAGAGACUUUAUCUCAAGAUUGCAUACAUACCGUAGGUAGGCUAAAACAGAAGAGUCUUUAGAACUAGUGCAACUCCAGUGAAAUUUUUUUAUGUACAGGACAUCUGCAGUUUAUAAAGAAUUCUGUUUCUGCCACCAGCAGUUUGACCUGUAGUUACACAGGAUUUUAUGAUAAUAACAGAGAUGAAAAUGGACUUUUAUUUUCUCUCUGUUUGGUGCUCUAAGUGGGUUUGUAGCCACUUUUCUGUUACUUUACAAUUCUCAUUUCAACAGGAAUGGCCAGUAAAAGUUGUUUUAUUUUUCCUGUUAAGGUUUAUAACCUUUUUACAUUUUGACCUGUAUUAGAUUAGAAUUUCAUUAUGCAUUCCUUUUAGUUGAGACGCUUCUUAGUUUUCUGGAAAUAGUCAAUUUUUAGUUUUUUAUUAUACGUUUGAAUGGCCGUUUUCCUGCUUUGUCUGCCUGCAUAUUGUAUAUUUGUUUAAAAAUAUUCUCCACUUUUAGUCCAUGUAAGUUUCAUUUAGAAAGACAUGCAUUUAUAUUUUGUUUCUGUAAUAUUCUACUAUAGGUGAAAUCUUUUCAAAAAUCAAGAGACUGGGUAGAUAAGAAUAUAUGAAUGACUAAUAUUCAAAAGAUUUAAACCAUUGUGAUGGUGUGUAUUCCCAGAUGGUAAUAUCUUGCAAUGGCACACAGAUUUAAUGGAUAAAGGUAUACCUCAGACUUCAUUGUGCUCACCAAUCUUUGAGGAGAAUGAGUUUAGUCAUCUGUUGGGCUUGAUUUAGGUAUUGCUGCCUUUGGUUUUCUCCAGGAAUGAAGUAUUCAGCACAGUGAUUCAGUAUUUUUACUUUGCAUGGGCUGGUAGUAUGUACCUCUGUUAUGCUGUCAGUUACAAUCAAUUUAAAACUUUGUGUAACAGCUUGGUACCUAACAGUAGCUAUGCAUAAUCCUGUGGCACAGUACCCUUCCAAGCCACCAAUGCAGUUAAUGUGCUCUCGUAGUGGUUUUCUAUGCUAUAUGAAAAUGGUCUUCAAGCCGUGGUUCUCUAAUGCAGCUACCACAAGAGGUUGAUAUUUUUAUAGUGGCGUGUAAUCUUUCUGGGAGGCUUUUUAUGGAAGGUAGAAUUUGUAAAAGUAUGCUUUGCCUCUCAACUGCAUUAACAUGCCACAGGCUCAGACUGUUUUUGUGUAAAGGAUGUCAAAGAACGGCACUUUUUCUAAAGAGAAGUUUGAUAUUUUGUAUGCUUGUUAAGAAAGUACAGUAUUGGAAAUUAAAGGUGGACAACUGAUAAUUAAGGAGUAUGUCAGUUAAUUUUUUAUGUAUAUUACCUGUUUACUUGUACAACUUAUUGUACAAAUUACAUGCAGCUUCAUUUUCAAAUGAAUCCUUAAAAUAAGGAAAUCUUUUUAGGAAAACAUUUAAUUUUUGUAUUUUUGAUUUUAAAGGCAUGAGUUAUGUCAGUUUUCAGUGUAUUAAUGACGAUUUUAACUUUUCAUCAGGUUGAGUGUUUUCUUACUAUAUUAUCUGUUGUGUAUGUAGUUAGCAUAUUGUGUCACUGAACUGUUUAAAGAUCUAGCAUGUAGAACAAGCCUGUUUUGUGGAAAAUCCUUAUUCAUUAAAAAAUAAUCGUGGCAGAUUUUCUGCAAAAAAAAAAAAAAGCAAAAGCAUUUGCAACUCAGAAACUGAUUUUUUUUUUUAAUUUAAAGAAAGGUAUUUUGCUUGCAGGAAAAAAUACUACAGAUUCAUUUUAAUGAGAAUCUUUGAAAUGUAUUUAUCUUUAGGGCAUCUGGGCAUCUUUAUGCUGUUUGUCUAUGUCUUUCUUGAAAUAAAAUGUACAUACGUUACCUUUACAUAUGCUCUUGCUCAAAAUUGUGAACCUAGUUACAUUUAUUCCUUGUUCCCUUCCUUUUUAUGCUCAAACAGCAAAACCUAUGAUCUGAACUUUCAGCAUGCAUCAUAUUUGCUGAAAGUUUUCCUGAUUAAGUAAGAGUCUCAAAGGGCCUUCCCGUAACUUAAAGGGAAAUGUAAGCACCUAAUACCUUGUGCCACUUUAACAAUAAAAAGGCAACUUUUAAAUUUAAUCAUCUUUUGUGCCAAAAAAAAAUUAUUCAUCUUUUAUUAAUGGUAAAGUUGUUUUCAGCCCCAUACCAAGAGAAUUCCUUUAAGUAAAUGAAUCAAGCAUAACAAGGUUCUGUAAAGAAAAAAAAAUUGUAUAUUUUUCCCAUUACAUUAUUUGAGAAAUUUUUAAAUUGUUAAUAUAAUAAUAAAUUAUAAAGAGAAAGUUCAGUCAGCUUCCUUCUACUUUAAUGUUUUAUCUUCCUAUUUCCUCUUUUGUCUUUUGAUAGAUGUUAAACACUUCCAUUUAAUCGGAAGUGUAUAUUUUUUUUUUACUUGAUGUGCCCAGCCCAUCAGAUCACACAGGAAACAUGAAGUCUUAAAAAACUAACUGUAGUAAAUGUAGGAGAGGUGGAUCCAUGAUGAAACACAGCAAGUUACCUGUACAAACAUUACAACUCUGAAGGACAUACUCACCUUGUGCUAUGUCCAGGGAUAAAUGUCUGACUUUUAAGAGAUUCUUUUAAAUGUUUGUAUUGUUGCUAGAAUUGUUGUUAAUCAGUUUUUAAUUUCAUGUAAUGUAGCCCUAGAUUUAUCACCAUAUUUCUCCUUGAGUCCUAAAAUAGAACUAAUGAGACUUCAUAAUCAUAAAUUGUUUUAUAUUAGUUAGUAUGUGUAUUUAUUUACCCAAUGGCUUUAUCUGUUUCCCAAAAUUAAUUUGGGAUUUGUUGAAAGUAUUGUGUAACAUCUAUAAAUGGCUAUUUUCUGAUAACUGUCAGUGAAAUGGAUGUGUACAUUGUUUUUAAUAUAUAUAUCUAUAUAUAUAUAUUUCUCUGGGAUUUUUUUUUUUAGGGUUAACAUAGAAUUUUUUUUUAAGUUAUCAUUGGCCAAUGACUUUUUCAGCUAGAUGUUUCAUUCAACAUUCUAAAGAAGUUUGUUUCUCAUUGUUUUGUUGUCAACUUGCCUGAAAAAGAGACUUCAUCUCAUCAUUGAAGAAGAGUAUUUCAUUAUUACUACAAAUCUUUCCAGCAAGCACAGAAUUCUUCAUAAAGACCAGGUCUCUUCCACAUCUGAGUCAGUACAUAAAAUCUGAAAUGUAAAGGACACUGAAGCCUUCAUUUAUUUGUACUAAUAUGAUGGUGUUAUAUAUUACAUCAUUAGCUAGUUAAGUUUUUCUGACCUGACUUCUCUGUCUUCCUAGAUAUUUAUUUGUUAUCUUUCAAUCUCCUGUACCUAAAUUAGUUAAUAGUUACCCACUGAAUAACUAUGCCAAGCAACUAGGAAAGAAUGUUUUAUUUGAUUUCCCCUUAUAGGGGAAGAGUAGACUGGGAACAAAAAUGUAUGGGCCAGAAGGCCUUGGGUUGUCAUUCAUUCAUUUUCUUAUUCCUCUCAUGAGUUGUAUUUGAGUAUAGUAUUUUUUAGUACUGAUGUAAUUGAUUAUGUCAUUACUUUUCAUGCCUCCUUUUGAGUUGAAAGCUUGCUAGGAAUUUAUACAAAAUUCAUUAAUACAAUUUUCAGAAUAAGAACCAUAAUACUGUAUCUUAUACUUAAAUGCUACUCAAAUUAUUAUUGGAGUCCAAGUCUCACUAAGUAGUACUUUUUUUUUUUUUUUUUUUGUCUUUUUCGGUUUUUAUCGGUACUAGGGAUCGAACUCACGACUGCCUGCUUGCAAGGCAGUUGCUUAUGCCGCUGAGCUAAAUCCCCGACCCCAGUAGUACAUAUUUUUAUGAAAUUUUUCUCUGUCUCUUGAAAUUAAUUGCUGAGAGGCAAGAGUUCUUUAGGAUAUACCACAUUUUAAGAUCUUUUUUUAAAGGGGGAAUAAAAAGCGCAACAAGUUUAUGCUAAUUAAUCAUUUUGAUACUAGAAUUCUAAGAUACAUCAGUGGUUCACAAACCUGUUUAUUAGAAUUACUCUGAAAAGCUUUUUAAGGUAUGGAUUACUGAAACCUACUGUUAGAAAAUCUUCAUUAUGUCUAGAGUGGGGACCUGAGUGUUGUGUGAGAAAACAGAGCUUUUGCUGGUGAUACUAAUAAGUCAGGUUUGGGAAAUAAUGUUUUAGUAAUGUCAGUGGUUUGAGAGUAGGCAAAAAAAUUUACCAGACCUCUGGUAGUUAUUUCCCCCCUUUUAUUUUUAUUUUUUAAACGGGGACCAGAUUCCACUGAAUUUAAGAUACAUGGAGGAAUAAUAAGCUUGAGGCUACUGCUCAUUAUCAUUUUUGUCUUUCAUACUUUUUUUUUAAAGUUUGCAUUUCUAGGACUUGGAUAGUUGAUCAUAAAUAUACAGCUGAAGGACAUGUCCCUGAAUGAGACCAUUUUAUAUAUAUAUAUAUAUAUAUAUAAACUGUAAAAUAUUUCACUAUUUUUUUAUUUCAUGAAUCUUUGUAGAAAUAAGCAAUGAAAUAUUACUUUCCUUUUUUGAAAUGGGAUUUUUCAAGGGUGUCCUUUGGCAUUAAGGUAGGAGGAGAAUCUUAUAAAUUCUCUCUACCCAUUUCCACAUGAAUCAGUAUAAAGUUAUGGACAUUUAAAAAAUCUCAAUUUAAUUUCUACUUAUUUACUAUGCAGAGUAGCCGUGAACAAGUAAUGUAGAUUUAGUUUUCUCAUCUUCAAAUGCCCUGAUCACCCUACCUCACAGGGUUGUUGUGAGGAUAAAUAAAACUUUUAUGGAAGCACUUUUCUUUGAUGAUAUUUAUCAGCCAUCAGAAACAAUAUAAUUUCUAACAACUUA